AUGGAUAUGCUAUUCAUGAAUAAUACUUUCUUCUUGCAAUCACGGCUUAUUUCGAGAUCCCUUUUGGUAAGAAGAUCGUUAAAGAGGUAUUUCGGAUUUGCAAGGCCUUCUACCUCCCAGCUACCAACUAUUUAUGCAUUGUCUACACCACCAAACCAAACCUCUGCAAUAGCAAUCAUAAGGAUAUCAGGUACUCAUUCAAAGUACAUUUACAAUCAACUAGUUGACUCAAACACGGAUCCACCAAUAAGGAAGGCUAUUCUGAGAAACAUAUAUUUGCCGUCCUCUAUCACUGCAAAACAACUUCACGGUCAAAAAGAAAAUAAAGUACUAUUAGACUCCUCAUUACUAUUGUACUUUCAAGCUCCGUAUUCAUUUACUGGUGAGGAUGUAUUAGAGCUACACGUGCACGGCGGGAAAGCCGUAAUUAAUGGUAUACUAAAGGCUAUCGGCUCGUUACACGAUAGAAGCAGUGGUAAAGAUAUAAGAUUUGCCUUGCCUGGCGACUUCUCCAGAAGGGCAUUUCAAAAUGGGAAGUUUGACCUUACCGAACUUGAAGGUAUCAAAGAUCUUAUUGAUUCGGAAACAGAAUCUCAAAGGAGAUCAGCCUUGUCAAGUUUCAACGGGGAUAAUAAGAUCCUAUUUGAAAAUUGGAGGAAAAGUAUUGUCGAGAAUAUGGCUCAGUUAACUGCUAUUAUCGAUUUUGCUGAUGAUAAUAGUCAAGAAAUUGAUAAUACGGAUGAUAUUUUCCAUAAGGUAGAAAAUAACAUCAUAUGUUUACGAGAUGAAAUUGUUACUUUCAUACAAAAAGUCGAAAAAUCUACCAUAUUGCAAAAUGGAAUAAAGCUGGUACUACUUGGUGCUCCCAAUGUUGGUAAGUCAUCAUUAGUUAACAGCUUAACUAACGAUGAUAUAUCAAUUGUCAGUGAUAUACCUGGUACCACUAGGGAUUCCAUUAAUGCAAUGAUAAACAUAAAUGGCUAUAAGGUUAUUAUCUGUGAUACGGCAGGGAUAAGAGGAAAAAGUUCUGACAAGAUAGAAAUACUGGGUAUAGAAAGAGCGAAGAAGAAAAGCGUACAGAGCGAUUUGUGUUUAUUCAUUGUAGAUCCCACUAACUCGUUGAAAUUUUUGACUGAGGACAUAUUAGCCCAUCUAUCAUCGGAAGCCUUUAGAAACAAGCGAAUCAUUAUUGUAGUCAACAAGAGUGACUUAGUUUCCUCUGAUGAGAUGGCGAAAGCUGUAAAUAAAAUACGAACUAAAUUCGGAGCAAAAUACCCUAUAUUAAGCGUGUCUUGUAAGACCAAGAAGGGAAUAGAAUCAUUAACUAAUGCCCUAACAAGUAAUUUCGAAAGCUUGUCUCAAUCAAGCGCCGAUUCAAGCCCUGUUAUUGUUUCCAAAAGAGUGACUGAAAUUCUCAAAAACGACGUACUUUACGGUUUGGAAGAGUUCUUUAAUUCCAAAGAUUUCGAUAAUGAUAUAGUUUUGGCUACAGAAAAUCUAAAGUAUGCAUCUGAUGGAAUAGCCAAGAUAACAGGACAAGCUAUCGGCGUUGAAGAAAUCUUAGAUUCGGUGUUCAGCAAAUUUUGUAUAGGGAAAUAA